AAGAUACAAACAUCGGACUGACAUGGAGACCGUAUACUGAAAUCUCAUACACAGUUAUGAAGUAACAGUUGACGGACACAGACAGGCAUAUCCUUAUGCCCGGACAUGGGCGUGAUCAACACCCCUCACCCCAAUGCUAAACGGUAACAGGGUGCCAAAUCGACGUCCUCUCUCUUUAAACUCUCACUUUUGGCCUGUCUCUGAGAAAACCAUCUGCAAAACGAUCAACACGUACUCAACAGUUGUCAGAGUAACCCCCUGAUCAACUGCUGAGUUCAUCAUUUCCUCCUCCUCAUCAUUCACAUCUUCAAGCUCUAUAGCAUUUGUAUCCACAACGUCUAAAAAUGUUGUGCGAAUGGACAACACCUUCCUUCUACGUUUUAUUUCCUUCCCUGCACCUCCCAGCUUCCAUCAGCGGUCCAUUCUGGUUUUAACAACAUCAAUAACAUCCCCUGCCAGAUCCUUUUAUGUGCCUGCACCAUUUACAAAGCAUUUAUAUUCCAUCACCUCUACAAUAUAAACAUUAGUCUAAAUUAUAUUCAUAUUAAUUUCAAUGGACUUGGAUGCCUUUUUAACAUAAGCCAUUGCUUGUCAUUCCCUAACGGAUUGUCUAAAACCGCAAAUCAAAUCAAUGAUGUGGUCCACAUUCAUCACUCAGGAUGAAGAGGUGAGGCCGGGCAAUGCACUUGCCGGUGCGCACCAACCUGCUGGUGGGCUGGAAGGGUUAAUGGGGCGCGGGCCAAGACGCAAACAGAGGCACCGAACGUUCUCCAGUUCUGGUGAUGGCAUCAGCGAAAGCCAGGAGGGCAAGAUCAAACUGACAUUUUUCAUGGCCGUAACUGGCAUCAUGCUAACUGUGCUAGGGGUGGGCACUGAAUUUUGGGUGGAACUUGCACCAUCGAAGAGCUUCUUCAACAAUCAGACUUGUCUAGCUGCACAUUUUGGUGUGUGGAAAUGCUGUACCAAGACUUUCUCGGUGUCAGAUAUCGACCCGAAACGGGAGAGUUGUGGGCCGUUGGACUUACACGCACAGGGAGAAUCCAACUGCACCUUCUUUAAGUUCUACACCACUGGUGAGAACAUUGUCCUAUUUCAGAAAACGCCAGAAAAGGAUCUGACAGUAGCGUCGGCCAUGUUUGCCAUAUUUAGCCUUUUCCUGAUGGCUACGGGUGCCAUCUGCAUCAUUAUGGCAAUAAGCAAAGGUGUUCAGUUCUUCUUGAAGCCAGCCUCUGUUUGCUUCAUCAUAUCAGGUGUCUUAAUCUUUGUGUGUCUAAUUAUUUUCCACCAAUCAGUGCUCUCAUUCUUGGCAAGUGACCAAUCCAUCCCUCUACAUCAUAAAAUGUCAUGGUCAGUGACAUGCAUGGGCUUCGCUGGAGCUCUGGUUAUUAUAGCUGGGGCCUUGUUUUGGAUCCUUACUCUUCCAUACAGUCUUUGGGAAAAGUGCUUUCCUAAAAAGAACAGUGAUAUCUAGGAGUGAGGCUGAGUGGGACUUUGCCUAAUUUUGCACUGUCCUGUUCAAACUGUGGAACGGAUAACAGUAUUCCCAGCAGUCUUGGAGAAUGUGGGAGGCAGAAGAAUUCAUGGAGUUCUUAUCCACUGGUAAAAGCCUUAAUGUCCCAGAAUGUGUUAAUUGAACAUUAUCUAAUGUUUUGUUUUUUUGUUUGGUGGUUGGCGAUGUGUAGCAUGAAUAUUAGAUGAGAGUUGGCACUGAAGGAAAUGUACAGGAGGUGUGCCAGGCCUGUUGGCAAAAGACACAUGCCAUUAAAGGAUUAGAUCCUUAAAGGUGACAUAAAAUGAUUGAACGGGGUAUUUAUCCUUGUUCUGUGAUGUGACAUUUAGACAAAAAAAUUUGGGUCUGUAAUGCCUUAGAAGCUUCAUAAAAACCUCUCUCAGAUAGCUCUAUUAGGGUGGGGGAUUUUAAACAAGUGGUUUUGCACCUAUUUGGCUCCCCCUACUGGUUUAAUCUCAUUACUGAUUGGCUGACUUUGCUGCCACUCAAAAAAUGUAACCCAUUAUUUUAAAGUGGAGGGGCAGUGAGAUGCCUGUGAUGUCAUAAGCAUCAGUUUUUCAGAUUGGGCCGUUUUCUGGCUGACAUUUCUAAAAGAGGAAUUUCUAUGAGACUGAGAUGUUUAGCAUGUUUAGCACUUUUUGUAUGUUCCUGAAUGCGGGUAGACUACCAUUAUUCAACAAAGACAAGGUACAAAUGUUUUUUCAUUCUCUGUCCCCUUUAAAGGAUAAAGUCCAGUGAUGUGAUAAUCAUACCUUAAAAUUAACAAAAGAAGAAAUUAUUUUUAGAUUAUAUAAGCUAUAUUCAAAUCAUACGAAAAAGCUGGUAAACCUGAUGGUUUAGAUGUUGGGUAACGUGAUAUUUUGCAAGAGAUAUUUUAAGCUUUGCUAGGAAAAGGUUAUAUUAACAUUUUAUGAAUGAGACCGAUUUAAUAUAUAAAUGUUAUUUAUAGUACACAGCGUUUCUCAACAGGUGGGUUUUGACCCAAUAAAUGGUUGCCAAUCUGUUCUUGUAGGCAGGCAGGAAAAUAAAAUGCAAAAUGCAAAUAAAUAGCACUGUGCAUUUAAGAUGUACACUGUAAAAAGAUUCAAAGCAUUUUUUGUCAAAUCAACCCCUAUUUUUGUUACUUUAACUUAAAAUUGAGUUAAACCAUUUCAACUUGAAUUUAUAAGUCAUGUCAAUUUUUGUAAGCCAGAACUGAAAAUAGUAGGUUGAAUUUAUUAUUUUUUUACAGUGAAAUACAGUAGAAGUUGUUUUAAGAGAUAAAAUAGAUAGCCCUUUGAAAGGAAGAGACCCAUUGCAAACUAGUUAUGCCAAGUUAGGCCAUAACAUUGAAUGACAUGCCCUUGUCAAUAAAGCACCAUUAAACACCCUUAAUUAAACACACUUAUUUUUUAUUUUAUUUAAGUAGAAGAAAGUAUACCCCAGCUAUCAAAUAAAGAAGUGGGUGUAUACCUGCAUAUACUCUGCACUAAACCACUAAUAAUACUACUCAUUCAUCCUUUCUUAAAUAUAACACACAAAGCUCCACACACAUUUUUCUUACACACAAACUCACUUUUUUCUCACUGAACGCCUUCAUGGGGUUUUUAAAGGCUCUCAUUCAGUAAUCUUCAUCACCUGUCUUUUAAUAAACCCAACCCACCCACCAAUCAAUCAAUCAAUCAGCCAAUUAGUGGUUGUACAUUCCAUGGAAGUAGAGAGAGAGGGAGUGUGUUCAAAAACCGAAACUCAAAAACUGAAAAAUAAACACUCAUGUUUAAGCAUUAAUUAGCAUGAAUACAAUAUUUAAUAUAUAAUGUAUAUACUAUUUUUAAUAAAGAAUACAUACUGGUUGAAUCUUUUUGAACUAUAGUGGUUUGAUUCACAUUAAAGAUAUACAAUAUAUUUACAGAUUUAUAUAUGCUAUAUAUUUUAUUUUUUUCUCUGGGAACAUGGAGAAAUUCUUAAAUAUGUUUUACCACUUUGCUGUGAUUUUAAAGGUCUUACUGUGGAUAUUAAUUUUUUAAUCAAAAUUAUUGAAUUUAUUUUGUGAUAUUAAAGGGAUAGUUUAACCAAAAAUGAAAAUGUUGUCAUCAUUUACUUUUUUCUGUACAACACAAAAGAAGAUAUUUCAAUAAAUGAUGGUAAACGCACGGUUGAUGGUUUAAUAGAAAUUAUGGUGUAAUAACACAAGGAUUAUUAAAUGAUUUUUGGGUGAAAAACCCUUUCAAUGUGUAUAACUGUUGAGUGGAUCUGUUGAUGUAUUUUUGUUUUAUUAUUGAUUCAUAUAGCCUCGUUGUCUAUUAUUGAACAGCAUACAUGCGUGAUCUAUGCAUACCUCUUACAUGCACCUCAGCACUUGUCAAGAUGUGAAAUGAAAUUUUGUUGCUUUUUAUUUCCAUCUGUACAUGUUUCACAUAUUUGAUAUCCAUAACUGCCAGUCAUUGUAUGAUUUUGACUGUUUUCUCAAUGGAAUUGAUGCAUAUUUAAUCUUACAAUAAAUCGACACAGCACCAAACUAUUUUUC